AUGUUUUUGGAAUUGUGUCGUUUAAAUAUCUUCAAGACAAUUCAAACCAUUCUAAAAACUUCACAUUUUAAACUUGAGCUUAUUGUGUUGAGGGACAGUCAGCAAAGUAUGAAAAAUAGCAUAGAAGGUGCGGACUCGUUACGGAUCAUGAAAGUUACAACGGAAAUCGAGCUAAAUGUAUUAUAA